GCUGUACAUCUGAUUGCGCUACUACUUCUCCUGUGACGAGAGGCAAGUGCUGGGCUUCGAAUACUACGACACAGGAUAUACAGUCUGAGGAUAGGCCACCUCCUUCCUCUUCCCUAUCGAGAAGCAUAUACAAUAUACAGUAGACGAACGGACUAGACGAUCAUAACUUACUCGCGUAGUACGUACGGCUACGAACACGGGGACCGACUCCUAUGGAACCCACUUUAGACUUUCAGUCCUCUACUGCGCCUUUCUCUUCGACUUCCCUAUCUACAUCUGUAACAGUAAUUAUCCCCGCCACUUCUUCACCCUCGUCUACGCAAUCCCAAUCCCAGAGCGUAGGAGGCGGUGAGGGCGGGAGCGACAUGAGUCUAGCCACACCACUUGCGCCCGAGUUUGUGUUUUCUGGGUUGCUCGUUGUGAGUUUGGCUGGAUUAUGGUGGAGGCAGAGGAGAGUGAGGCGUGCAGGGGAUGUACAGGUGGAGGAAGAGAGAAGGAGAGAGGAGAGGAGGAGGAAUGCGAGGUUGGGUGCGAGGCCGAGAUUGUUGGACGCGCGUGUUGAGACUGUGGAUAGUGGUGGUGAGGCGGGUAGACAAGGGUGGAGGUGGAGGUGGAGAGAGGUUAUGCCAAUUUCAGCAGCCUAUACACGCUCGCUCUCCAUCUCUCCCUUGAACGCUGUAGAUGCUUCCACUUCACUCCCUUCGGAAUCGGACAUAAGACGACGAAGUGCGAGGGUAUCAAGGAUAUCGCUCCGGUCGAAUUCAAGGACCGUCGAGGACACUUCUCCAGAAACACCUGCUCGUACGCCUCCACCAACACCUCCACCCACUCCUAUUCCUCGUCUAGACGUCGCUGUACUCAUAUCGAUGCCACAUCCGCGUCCGCGCGCUCUAUCUCAUACCUCUCUACGACGUCAUUCUAAUAAUAAUAUUGGGCAACUUGGGUCGGGCUCGUUACAACGCGAAGGGGAAGUGGAAGCUAGCAGUGUUCGAUUGAACGAAGUCAACGUCGAAAUCCCUAUUCCUAUUCCAUCUUCACAUAAUCUGGGUUCUACUACAAGGAUUCGUGAUGGACUUGGUAAUUUGGACGUUUCGCUUGAGAUUGGUGUUAGUAACGUUGAUGUGUUCGAGGGCUAGCUUCUAUCUUCUAGACUUUGGCUGGUUUUUUUAAUUAUUAUUCU